AUGUCCUGCGGUGCCGAAUACAUCGGCCAAACGGGUCUCUGCGCAAACGACCGGCUCCGGGAGCAUCACAGAGAAGUAGAGGACGCCGCACCCCACAGCCAGCACCCAAUAGACGCACAAACGCGGGAAUAUGGCGGCUGCGAAUCCGACCUUGCCGCCACGACGGCGCUGCGCGUCGGGAGGAAGAUUAUACAAGCCUUUAGAAACGUGACGAGCCCCCAAAUCAUAAAUACGUCGUCUCUUUUGGUCAGAAAGAGCUCAGGGCCCCGGCUGCUCAACUAA